UCCUCGUCCUUUUGUCUUCCCAACUUCAUUCCCUAUUUCAUUUCUCCGAGCUUCUGCAGAACCAGCGCGUCCUACACUGCGUUCAUUUCAACGUCAUUAGGAGCUCGUAAGGUUGCGAGAUCAUGGAAGGGGAAAACCCUAGAAAGAGGAGAAUGGUGCAAAGCGAAGACGAUGAUGAUUGUGAUUUUGGAAAAGUGUUGAGGUUCAAAAUCCUAUUACCGAACGGAACGAGCGUGGAACUAGCAUUACCCGACCCUGAACCGGAAAUGCCUUUGUGGAAUUUCGUGGGUUUGGUUAAAGAUAAGUACUUUGAAGCUCGUAGGCGUAGGCACUUUGAGUCAACAAACAAGUUAAGAGACGUUAACUGGAAGGAAGGUUCUCUCUUUAUUCAAGAUGCCAAUGAUACGAAAAUCAGGAACGUUAUUAAAUUGAAAAGCUUUAAGCCAAACAAGUGCCACAUUCUACGGCUUCAUGAUGGGAGUAGCGAUGUUGCCAAGUCUUUCGAGAAUAUGUGGGAUUUGACGCCAGAUACUGAUCUAUUACUGGAGCUUCCUGAAGAAUAUACUUUCGAAACAGCUCUUGCAGACUUGAUUGAUAAUUCCUUGCAAGCUGUGUGGUCCAACGGGGAAAAUAAGAGGAAGAUAAUUCGAGUAAAUCUGAGUAAAGAUAAGAUUUCAAUUUUCGAUAAUGGCCCAGGGAUGGAUGACACUGAUGAAAAUUCCCUUGUGAAGUGGGGAAAAAUGGGUGCUUCACUUCACAGAUCUUCAAAAUCACUGGCUAUUGGUGGAAAACCACCUUACUUAAUGCCUUAUUUUGGGAUGUUUGGAUAUGGUGGACCUAUAGCAUCUAUGCAUUUGGGGAGGCGUGCUUCAGUUUCUUCCAAGACAAAGCAUGUAAAGAAAGUCUACAUGUUACUUCUUGAGAGAGAAGCUUUGUUAAGUACAUCUAACUCUAAAGACACGUGGAAGACUGGUGGUGGCAUCAGAGAUCCCUCAGCCAAUGAAAUUAGGGACUCUCAAGGAAGUUUUACAAAGGUUGAAAUUUACAAGCCAAAAAUAAAAGAUGUUCACAUAAACAGACUCCAGUGCUUCCUGAAGGACAUAUAUUUCCCCUACAUUCAGAGUGAUGACAUGACAGACAAAGGGAAGACUAUUACACCUAUCGAGUUUCAGGUCAAUGGUGUUGAUUUGACUGAGAUUCAAGGUGGUGAAAUUGCAAUUACUAAUUUGCAUUCUAGCAAUGGUCCUGAGUUUGUUUUCCAACUUCACCUUUCCUUAGUACGGGGCAAUGAUGGCAUCAAAAGUGCAAGUUCAAAAGACUUCCAAGAAGCUAAUGCACGCUUGAGGUUUGUGUAUCUCCCAUUCACAAAGGGAAAGGAGAAUAUAGAGAGGAUUUUGGAAAUGUUAUCUGCUGAUGGCUUUGUAAUAAGAGAAAACUUCCAAAGCUUCAGUCGUGUCUCUGUUAGGAGGCUUGGUCGUCUUCUUCCAGAUUCUCGUUGGACUUUACUUCCUUUUAUGGACUUAAGGAACAAAAGGGGAACGAAGGCUGAAAUAUUGAAGAGAUGUUCCCUGAGGGUGAAAUGCUUCAUUGAAACUGAUGGAGGCUUUAAACCAACACUGUCCAAGACUGAUCUAGCUCACCACAAUCCUUUCACUACUGCUCUGAAGAAUUUAGGCAAUAAAAUUUCAGAAAAAGAGAAGGAUGUUACUGUUGUAAUUCAGAAGUCUACAAAAGUGUUAAAUCUUUCGCAGCUGGAAAGGGAGUAUCAGGAGUGGAUAUUACAAAUGCAUAGUCAGUAUGAUGAAGAAACUGAUUCUGGCGAGGAUCAACCAGUUAUAAUAGUCGGUCCAGCAAAUAAAAAGGCACUUGGCAUCUCCUCAGAUUUCAUCAGAGUCCAUCAGAUUUUGAACAGAAAGGAAAAAUCUUGGAAACGUGGGCAGAAAAUUAAAGUGUUAAAGGGUGCAUGCGCAGGUUGUCACAAGACCACUGUUUAUGCAACCAUAGAAUACUUUUUGCUUGAAGGUUUUGAAGGAGACACGGGUGGAGAAGCCCGACUAAUAUGUAGGACACUAGAUGUUCCAGAUGAGAAUGGAUGUUUCCUCUCAGUCACGGAUAAAAAUGCAAGUUUGGACAUUCGUGACUCUUUGUCUUUACCUAUCAAUGUGAUUGAUUCUGGAAAGGUACUAGUUGUUGAUAGUAUUGAAUGGAAAAAUCAACUUAAUAAGAAACAAAAAAAAUCUCCUUCAAUUGACUUGCUUGUUGCAAACCAUAAUGAACUUCUGGAGACAGAGGGGCUGGACCCAAGCUAUAAAAGUUUUGAGAAAAAGGUUAUUGUGAAAUCUUCUCAUCCUGUUGGGAAGUGUAGACUUCUAACCGGCGACCAAAGUCUACAGCUGGAUGUGAGGGUUGGUUCUACUUUUCCAACCUUGUGCAUCGCAUAUUAUGAUAUCUAUGAUAAUCAAGCACCUUUUCAAUCAAUUCCGGAUGUAACUGUCAAACUUACGACUGCUGCGGGAAUGCACUUUGAAGUACAUGGGUUGAAGAUUAGUCUUUCAACUGAUAGAAUGACUUUAAAAAUUAAGGAUGCAAUGGUCACAAGUAAUGAACUUGACAAGUUAAGGCCAAGCUAUGAGGUUACACUCACAUUGUUUAUUGAUUCAGGAAACAUUCCAUUUUCACUCUCCAUUCCAUGUCGAGUUCAUCCAGGUUUUCCCAACUGUGCUGAACUCAAGCCUAAAAUAACAGAAGAUCAACUCAUUCCAGGUUUCAUUUUCAAGGAGCUAAUGUUGGAGAUGUUUGAUACAUAUGGGAACCAUGUCUUUAAAGGCUUGGAGGUUACUUUAGCUGUGGCUGGAUUCAGCAUACUAGAUGACCUCGGCAUGACACGCAAGGUGGAUGAUCAAGGAAGAAUUGAUCUUGGCGGUCUACUGAAGUUAACAGCAAAUUAUGGAAAAAAUGCAUCCAUAUCUGUUAUGUUUGAAGAUCAAACAAUUUUCAAGCAGGAAUUUUCAACUUUGAGAAGGAAAUUGAGAAUAGCAUCUGAGGUGCCUGAAUUUUGUGUUGCUGGUGGUCACUUAGAAAGCAUCGAUUUUGAAAUUGUAAAUCCUGAUGAUGAUGUAGUAGAUACAAAGUUUCAUCACAAUGAUCAAGAUGGCCAGUAUCAUAUGCUUACCAUUAAGUCAGACCUUUUCAAUGCAGAUGAAUCUAUUCGGUAUACUUUUAAGCACGGACGCUGUACUGUCCCUUCUAUUUAUAUCCCAGUGGAUGAUGGGACAUUUUGCUUUGAUGUUGCUCAUUCACAAUAUAUGGAGUUAAGCCUUUCUGUUGAGGUUCCUGUAAUCAAAAUACCAACAGUGAAAUAUGUUGAUCAAGCUCCAUGCACGGAUAAGAGUGUUAUGGACUUGCUGGAACCACCAUCACUUAAUCACGAAAAUAUCUUAACGAAGUUCUUUGUAAAUGAUUAUGACAAGGAGCUAUUUGAUUGCAUCUGCAAACUUGGUGAGAAAAUUAAUAAAGUAGAAAUUCAUCUUAAUAAUUCAAGUGAGCUAAAGGCUGAAGCUGAGCAGGAGAUAAUGAAGAUGCUAGAGAAUGUUCAACCUUAUCAAUUAAGCAAUAUGGACUCUUCAUUUACCAAAGACGAACUGAAGACAAAAAUUAGAAGCAUGGAAAACUCGGCAUUUUCUGUGUUGUGUAGCCUUUCUACACAUAAAAUGCAACCGAAGUAUUUCUUGGAAGAUUUAAUUGGUGUCGUUGCCCUCGUCGGUACCGUUCAGAGUCCUGACCUUAGCAGAAUCUUAGCGGAAUAUCUUGGUGAAGACAAAAUGCUGGCUAUUAUUUAUAGAUCUUUUGAUACUGCAAGUUCCCUUGAAAGGUAUAACCAAAGUGGAGAAAUUGAUUAUGAGCGUGCCUUACAUGCUCAAGCCUCUGCUCUUGGAAAAGUUAUUAGCAAGCGUUUCCAUGUUAUAUGCAUGGAAGAUAUAAGGCCUUACACUGGGCGGUUGCAUAUGAAUGAUUCUCAGAGAAGGCUAGGAUUGGCAUAUCCUAGAAUGCCAAAUGGGGUAACUCCAAAAGGCUUUAUAGGUUAUGCUGUUAACAUGAUUGACCUCGACAUAAAUUACUUGCAUACAACGACAGCUUCAGGUCACGGACUACGAGAGACAGUUCUGUUUAAUCUUUUCAAGAAGCUCCAGGUUUACGACAAAAGAGAGAGUAUGGUGGCUGCUCGUGCCUGUAUAGAGGAUGAUGCUGUUUCGUUAGAUGGUGGUAUUUUUAGAGGAAAUGGAAUUCUCUCUCUCGGUUAUGGGAAUCCUAUUAUAUAUUUUCCCUGCCAGAACCAGACAGUACUCCCUCGAGAAAUUGAAGAAAUCUUGAGACAGAUUGAAGAGAAGAAGUCAGAUCUAAGGAGUAUUGAUGAAAAAAUUAGAGAACUGAUCAAAUAUCGUGAGAAGUGUAUAAAAAAAUUUAAGAAAAAAAAGGAGAGAUAUGACAAGUAUUUGGACAAAAUGGUGCCCAUGGAAGAACUACUGGAAUAUAGACCUGAGGCAGGGGACGGAUCAAAUACAUCUGAUAGGCUUAGUUGAUCCAUGUUUUCAACAUUUUUUCUUUUAUCAUAGAGAAGCAUAUUGUAUACCUUUGGCUUUUGAUAAUUCAGUUACCCAUGCCCGGCUAUGCCUAGAAUAAAAUAGUUAAUAUAAGAUUAUGGAACAUGUUUCUGUUUAUA